GUUUUUUGGGCCGUUGCGAAAAAUUCCAUUUUGGGCGAGGAGCGAUGGCGAGCUUGCCGCGGGCGACGCGCUCCUUGCACCCUCUUCGCUUCCUGAUCGAGACGCGCUUCAUGCUGCUCUUCCUCGUCGUCCUAAGCGCCGGUCUCGUCUUCUGGGCUCUCGGCGACGACAUGGAGGGCAUCGACGCGUCUGUGGAGCUCCACGCGGACCGCGUCCAUGCGCUCUGGACCGACGAGACGUACCAGUGUCUCGGAUGGCGAGCCACGGCCAACUGCAAUCCGCACGGGUGGCGCAAGCCGUCCAGAGACCGCGGCUGCAGCGAUGUCAUCGAGCCCGGCAUGAGCGGGUACUGCGAGAUCCGUAACCGGACGAGCGGCGAGAUCUUCCAAGUGAUGCUCACGGCGUGCGACAGCAUCAAGGACAAGACAUUUACCUGCAUGGAGGCGCGUGACUUCACCGACUACAGCAUCCGCGCCGCAUCCGCGCCCGCGGUGUCGCCCUCGACGCCGAUGCUGCGGACAUUUGCCAACGCCACCAAUGGCAUCGUCAUGUCCAUCUACCCCAGCGUGCUCCCCAAUGUGUAUGCUAUUGUACGCAUGCUGCGCUUCUACAACUGUAUGCUGCCCAUGGAGCUGUGGUACGAGCCGCAUCAGAUGUCGGAUGUGGCGACCAACCCGAUCUUGGCGGCGCUCGAGGCCAACUACGGUCCGCUGGUGUUCCGACCCAUUGCCGACAAGCGCGCAACGGGCUACAUGACCAAGCCCUUUGCUGUCGCGCACAGCCAGUUUGAGAACGUCCUCUUCCUCGACUCGGACAACCUCCCGACACGAGACCCGACCUUUCUCUUCACGUCUCCGCAGUUUCUCGAAAGCGGCGCGAUCUUUUGGCCCGACUACUGGCACGAUAGCUCGUCGCCCUUCAACGUCCAUGCGCGGUCGCUGCUCUGGGAGCUUGUGGAUAUGCCGUUCGUCGAUAUGCUCGAGCAAGAGUCGGGGCAGCUCGUCGUUGCGCGGCACCGGUGCGCGACGGCAUUGGCCAAGGUGCUGCAUUACGCGCUGGAGACGCCGCCGCUGCUACAAAAGUACGGCCUCGUGUGGGGCGACAAGGACCUGUUCCGGCUCGCGUGGUUCAACACGUCGACGCCGUUCGCGUUCGUACCGCACCCGCCGGCCCUCGGCGGCUUUACGAAAGACGAGUACGUCGACGCGGUCGCGCCGGUCCCGAGCGUCUUGUACUGGCACGCCGUGUCUUUUUGCGGCAUCGCGAUGCUGCAGCACGACUUUGACGGGCGCAUCCUCUUUGUUCACCGCAACAGCGUCAAGCUCACGGGCGAGGCGGACCAGACGCCGCUCGUGACGCACGCACAGACGUCGACGCUGCCGACGCACGCGAGUCCGCUCCUCGGGCACGGCAAGGAGUACUUUAUCCAGCUCUUUGGCCACACGCUGGGACAGAAGGCGUGCUACGUACUCGCGAGCGCCGGGAGGAUCGAGGCUGUCGACGCGAUCGACGACUCGAUGGCCAAGGUCGAGAAGAUGGCGAUUCACUACGCGAUCGAGGCGGGUGACAUGCUCCGCGCGGUGGCUCGGCGGCGCAAGGAGCAUGGCGCUGGCCACUGGCUCCUGCCCUUUGACACACUCGACGCUCGCCACACGGGAGAGGACGCGAUUCCUGUCAUGUACUGGGUUACCGUUCACAUGCUUGUCGGCGGGUUGGCUGGCUGGACGUGGCGACGUCGCCAGCGCUCGGUGACAAAAGGGCCGACUUUGGACAGAGCCAUACCGCCCCCGUACCAGAUUCUGUAGCCGAGAAGGACAGCUAACCUGUACAUACAUAUAUCAACUUGCAGCAA